AGUGAAAGAAAAACUGUCUUCAGUGCCUCUCGGGUUGUUUUAUAACACCUUAUUAAGAUGUUGCCGCAGAAUUCCUAUAUUUUUUUACUCGUUGCGUUACUAAUACUAACUGAACCGUUAAACGGCUUUAAUGGUGCACUUGAUGACGAAAGAGAUAGCUUCAUUAUGGUUGGUCCUAAUACAGCAUUCACUUCUAUGUCAGGUAGUGAGACAGGGGUUAUGGUAGGAGGUAUGCCUGAUGGUGAGGCAGAUGUUAUGGUAAGCGGUAUGCCAGACGGUAUGCCAAUGCUGUUCCACGUUAAGGAUUCCAACAACAAUGGAAGAGGCGGACGUUUUAAGACAUCUACAAGUGGUAGUAUUGAUAGUGGGGCAGAUGUUAUGAUAGGUGGUAUGCGGGACGGUAUUCCAAUGAUGUUCCACGUUAAAGAUUCCAACAACAAUGGAAAAUGCGGUCGUUGUAAGACACCUACAGGUGUUGUAGCACAAAGUGGUGGUGGGACAGCUAUAGCACAAAGUGGUCAUGGCGGCUUCGUGUUUAGUUCUAACUACAGGUAAAUAUUUGUAUGAGAAAUAAAAUGGCGAAAGCGACCCCUUAUGAAUUUAAGAAACUUUGAAUUGUUUUACUUUUCAAAGAAAUUCAGUUAAAAUCAGAGCAUAAAAUAUUGAAAUAUUAAAGGUACAUCAUGAAAUAAAGAAAAAAAUAAUAGAAGAAAGUCUAGUUAACUGGAUUUGUGUAAGUAAUAAUAAUAUGAUAUAUGUUAUAAUUAAAUGAAACAUCUUACUGCGAGUAAUAAA